AUGCCGAGUGAUGUGGAAGGGUCCAUCGAGCCUAAGCGCGACGAUGAGCUGCUGCGCUCACCGUCCCUUCUUUCCGACAUGGCGGCCUGGCUGAGGACAUCCUUCGAGGGCUUCAGUCUCACUCGCCUUCUCUCACCAUGGCCAUCAAAGACCGACAGCACCCAGCCAGAGAAACUCAGACCGACGGCAUAUCUCGACGGCCUCAGGGGCUUUGCAGCAUUCCUGGUCUACUGGCACCAUCACGAGCUUUGGGCUCACGUGCCCGUCCACGGCAUGUCGCUGGAGUCGAGUUUCGGAUACGAUGGCCUUCACUACUUCGCCGCCCUCCCCGUCGUGCGAAUCUUCUUCCAUGGCGGUCAUUUUGCCGUCGCCACCUUCUUUGUGAUUUCCGGCUACGUUCUGUCGGCCAAGCCUCUGAGCCUCAUCCACGCCGGCGAGCAGGCCAAGCUGGCGGACAACGUGGGAUCGGCCCUCUUCCGUCGUUGGCUUAGGCUCUACAUCCCACUCAUCUGCACCACCUUCAUUUACAUGACCAUCGUUCACGCCUUUGGCAUCUGGAUCGACAGCCGUCCGGCAAAGGACAACUACUUGAUCGCAGUGUGGGACUGGUACUGCGAGGUCAAGAACUUUAGCUUCAUCUUCCACAACGGCAAAGUCGGCUGGCUGAGCUACAACUUCCAUCUCUGGUCAAUUCCCGUCGAGUUCAAGGGCUCCAUCGUCAUCUAUACCAGCCUUCUCGCCUUUUCGCGCUGCCCCAAGAACGCCCGGCUAUGGUGUGAGGCUGCCCUCGUCUUCUACUUCCUCUACAUCGUCGACGGCUGGUACUGCGCCUGCUUCAGCGCCGGCAUGCUGCUCUACGACCUGGAGCAACUGGCAGCCAAGGACGAGCUGCCGGAGUUUUUUUCUCGGUUCCGGCCGUAUAAGCAGGCCAUUUUCUACGCCAUGCUGGCCUGCGCCAUGUACUUUGGCGGUGCUCCGGCGCACAAGGCCGAAGUCCAGGAGCUGAGGAAGAACCCGGGGUGGUAUCUGCUCUCAUACCUGAAGCCGCAGGCCGUCUUCGACGCGAAGUGGUUCUUCCUCUUCUGGGCGUCCGUGUUCCUCGUGGCGUCGAUCCCGCACAUCCCCUGGCUGAAGCGCUUCUUCGAGUCGCGCUUCUGCCAGUACCUCGGCCGCGUGUCCUUCUCGCUCUACCUCGUCCACGGCCCGGUGCUGUGGACGCUCGGCGACAGGCUGUAUGCGGCCGUGGGCUGGCCCAAAGAAGCGCGCCUCACCUACAUCCCGCAGUGGUGGAACAUCUUCCCGCUGCCGAAAUCGGGGCCGCUGGGACUGGAGCCGGCGUUCCUGGUGCCGCACCUGAUCCUUCUGCCCGUCACCUUUUACCUCGCGGAGGUCGUCACGAGGGCGUUCGACGAGCCCAGUGUUCGGUUCCCGCAGUGGCUCUACAAGUCGGUCACGGCACGGCCGAUGAGGCUGCCUGCAUGA